GGGGCCAAGAAUACAGCCUAGGAAUGCGCAGUCGGGAGAACAAAACUGGCGGAACUCAGGGUGGGGCAACGUCCUAUUUCGAGUUUAAAGUAAUCUUGGUCUCGUCCGGCUGCCGUAAAGGGGUUGGGUUUAGUGUUCUCCCGCCAAUUUAAACCUGUGGCAUGGAACCUAAAGAUUAGAGGCGGUUGUGUGAGUCAGGAAGAGGGGCCGGAUACUUGAUUGUUUCUCUUUAGUUUCUUCAAUUGCAGGAAAGACAGUGGUUCCUGACUCAGGAAGACAGUCUCAGAAACAUGUGGAAUGAUAUUGAGCUGCUAACAAAUGAUGAUACCGGAAGUGGGUACCUGAGUGUUGGUUCAAGAAAAGAACAUGGAACUGCUUUAUAUCAAGUAGAUAUGCUAGUGAAGAUCUCUUCUGAAAAGGCCUCAUUAAAUCCAAAGAUACAGGCAUGCAGUUUAAGUGAUGGGUUUAUUAUUGUAGCCGACCAAUCAGUGAUAUUGCUUGACAGUAUUUGUAGAUCACUUCAAUUGCAUCUUGUCUUUGAUACUGAAGUGGAUGUAGUUGGCCUUUGUCAAGAAGGAAAGUUUCUUUUGGUUGGCGAGAGAAGUGGCAACCUACAUCUUAUUCAUGUAACAUCAAAACAAACACUACUCACUAAUGCAUUUGUUCGGAAAGCUAAUGAUGAAAAUCGGCGGACUUACCAGAAUCUUGUCAUUGAGAAGGAUGGUUCAAAUGAAGGUACCUAUUAUAUGCUACUUCUUACAUACAGUGGAUUUUUUUGUAUUACAAACCUUCAGCUUUUAAAAAUUCAACAAGCAAUUGAGAAUGUAGACUUCAGUACAGCAAAAAAGUUACAAGGACAAAUCAAGUCCAGUUUUAUUUCUACUGAAAAUUAUCAUACUCUUGGUUGUCUCGGUCUUGUGGCUGGAGAUUUAGCAAGUGAAGUUCCUGUGAUAAUUGGGGGAACUGGCAAUUGUGCAUUCUCAAAAUGGGAACCAGAUUUUUCCAAGAAAGGAAUGACAGUUAAGAACCUUAUUGAUGCAGAGAUUAUUAAAGGUGCAAAGAAGUUCCAGCUAAUAGACAAUCUACUUUUUGUUCUUGAUACUGAUAACGUGCUGAGUUUAUGGGAUAUUUACACUUUAACUCCUGUAUGGAACUGGCCCUCUCUUAACGUAGAAGAGUUUCUUCUUACUACAGAAGCAGAUUCUCCUUCGUCAGUUACAUGGCAAGGAAUUACAAAUCUCAAAUUAAUAGCUCUGACAGCUACAGCUAAUAAGAAGAUGAAAAACCUCAUGGUUUAUUCAUUACCUACAAUGGAAAUACUAUAUUCUUUGGAAGUAUCUAGUGUUUCUUCUCUGGUCCAAACAGGAAUUAGCACAGAUACCAUAUACCUUUUAGAAGGAGUUUGCAAAAAUGAUCCAAAAUUGUCUGAAGACUCAGUCUCUGUGUUAGUACUCAGAUGUCUUACAGAAGCUUUACCAGAAAAUAGAUUGAGUCGGUUACUUCACAAACACAGAUUUGCUGAAGCUGAGAGUUUUGCCAUUCAGUUUGGACUGGAUGUUGAGCUUGUUUACAAGGUCAAGUCAAAUCAUAUAUUGGAGAAACUGGCAUUGAGUUCUGUGGAUGCCAGUGAAUGCCAGGAACAGACUGAAUGGCAACAACUUGUAGAUGAUGCUAAGGAAAAUCUACAUAAAAUCCAGGAUGAUGAAUUUGUGGUGAAUUACUGGUGUUGGGGUUUGACUGAAGUUGCAAAUAAUGCCAUUUUUCUUUUGAAGAAAGAGGAUAAAACUGCUCUCAUUUAUUCCUAUGGCUUGCAAGAGGUUCUAAGAGCUCAUGCAAAAUUGACUACUUUUUAUGGAGCAUUUGGACCAGAAAAAUUCAGUGGCAGUUCUUGGAUUGAAUUUCUAAAUAAUGAAGAUGAUCUCAAAGAUAUUUUUUUACAGCUAAAAGAAGGAAACCUUGUAUGUGCACAGUACCUUUGGCUUCGACAUCGGGCAAACUUUGAAAGCAGAUUUGAUGUGAAAAUGCUAGAGAGCUUGCUCAACUCAAUUUCUGCAUCAGUCUCUUUGCAAAGGCUAUGUCCAUGGUUUAAAAAUGAUGUGAUUCCAUUUGUAAGAAGGACUGUACCGGAAGGACAGAUAAUUCUUGCAAAAUGGUUGGAACAAGCAGCCAGGAACCUUGAAUUAACUGAUAAGGCAAAUUGGCCAGAAAAUGGACUCCAAUUGGCAGAGAUAUUUUUUACAGCAGAAAAAACGGACGAGUUGGGAUUGGCAUCUUCCUGGCAUUGGAUUUCCUUGAAGGAUUAUCAGAACACAGAGGAAGUAUGUCAGCUGAGAACUUUGGUAAAUAACUUGCAAGAGUUGAUCACAUUGCAUAGGAAGUACAACUGCAAAUUAGCCCUCUGUGAUUUUGAGAAGGAAAAUACAACCACCAUAGUGUUCCGAAUGUUUGAUAAAGUGCUGGCCCCAGAGCUGAUUCCCUCCGUCCUAGAGAGGUUUGUAAGAGUUUACAUGAGAGAACAUGACUUGCAAGAGGAGGAACUUCUGUUGCUGUAUAUAGAGGAUUUACUGAAUAGAUGCAGUUCAAAGUCCACAUCACUCUUUGAAACAGCAUGGGAAGCAAAGGCCAUGGCAGUAAUAGGAUGUUUAUCUGACACGGACCUCAUAUUUGAUGCUGUGCUCAAGAUCAUGUAUGCGGCAGUGGUUCCUUGGAGUGCAGCUGUGGAGCAACUGGUGAAACAGCACCUGGAAAUGGACCAUCCCAAAGUCAAGUUAUUACAGGAAAGUUACAAACUAAUGGAGAUGAAAAAACUUUUACGAGGCUAUGGAAUAAGAGAGGUAAAUCUCUUAAACAAGGAAAUAAUGAGGGUGGUUAGAUACAUUCUCAAACAAGAUGUCCCAUCUUCUUUAGAAGAUGCUUUAAAGGUGGCCCAAGCGUUUAUGUUAUCUGAUGAUGAGAUCUACAGUCUAAGAAUUAUUGACCUGAUUGAUAGAGAACAGGGUGAAGACUGUCUCCUUCUGUUGAAGUCUUUGCCUCCUGCUGAAGCUGAGAAAACUGCGGAAAGAGUCAUCAUAUGGGCACGAUUGGCAUUACAAGAAGGGCCAGAUCAUUCUAAAGAGGGCAAAGCCUGGAGAACGUCUGUAGCGAAGACAUCCGUGGACAUUCUUAAGAUACUAUGUGACAUUCAGAAAGACAAUCUGCAGAAGAAGGACGAAUGUGAAGAAAUGUUGAAACUGUUUAAAGAGGUUGCUAGCUUACAGGAGAACUUUGAGGUCUUUCUUUCAUUUGAAGAUUAUAGCAAUCGUUCCCUGGUAGCAGAUCUCCGUGAGCAGCACAUUAAAGCUCACGAAGUUGCACAGGUGAAACACAAACCCAGGAGCACCCCAGAGCCCAUAGCUGCUGAGAUGCGGAACCCAAGCAUGGAAUCAAAGCUGCACAGACAGGCACUGGCCCUGCAGGUGUCCAAGCAAGAGCUGGAGGCAGAGCUGACCUUGAGAGCCUUAAAAGACGGGAACAUCAAAACAGCACUGAAAAAAUGCAGAGACUUGUUUAAGUAUCACUGCAAUGCUGAUACUGGGAAAUUGCUGUUUCUGACAUGUCAGAAGCUUUGUCAGAUGUUGGCUGAUAAUGUCCCAAUGACAGUGCCUGUGGGACUGAGUCUUCCUUCCGUGAUACAUGAUCUAGCAUGCCAAGCUGCCACCAUUUGCAGUCCAGAUUUUUUACUAGAUGCUUUAGAACUGUGUAAACAUACUUUAAUGGCUGUAGAACUUUCUAGACAGUGCCAAAUGGAUGACUGUGGAAUCCUCAUGAAAGCUUCUUUUGGGACGCAUAAAGAUCCAUAUGAAGAGUGGUCUUACAGUGACUUCUUCAGUGAAGAUGGAAUUGUUCUUGAGUCACAGAUGGUGCUUCCGGUGAUUUAUGAACUGAUUUCAUCUCUUGUGCCUCUAACUGAAAGCAAGAGAUAUCCCUUGGAGUCUACUAGUUUGCCAUACUGCUCCCUUAAUGAAGGAGAUGGCCUUGUUUUACCUGUUAUAAAUUCCAUCUCUGCCCUGCUUCAGAAUCUUCAGGAAUCUAGCCAGUGGGAGCUGGCCCUAAGAUUUGUGGUUGGUUCAUUUGGUACCUGUCUUCAGCACUCUGUGUCAAACUUCAUGAAUGCCAGUUUGAGUGAAAAGUUAUUUGGAGAGACUGCAUUAGUUAAAUCAAGGCAUGUUGUUAUGGAAUUGAAAGAAAAAGCUGUUAUAUUUAUCAGGGAAAAUGCUACAACACUACUGCACAAAGUAUUUAAUUGUCGCUUGGUAGAUCUUGACCUGGCGUUGGGUUACUGCACUCUCUUACCUCAAAAAGAUGUGUUUGAAAAUCUCUGGAAGCUCAUAGAUAAAGCAUGGCAGAAUUACGACAAAAUCUUGGCAAUAUCUCUGGUGGGCUCUGAGCUGGCAAGUCUCUAUCAGGACAUAGAAAUGGGGCUUAAGUUCCAUGAACUCAGUACUGAUGCCCAGUGGGGCAUUCGUCUUGGUAAACUUGGUAUUUCUUUUCAACCAGUUUUCAGGCAACAUUUUCUCACCAAGAAGGACCUCAUUAAAGCUCUUGUGGAGAAUAUAGAUAUGGACACAAGCCUCAUUCUGGAAUAUUGCAGCACAUUUCAGUUGGACUGCGAUGCAGCUCUUCAGCUCUUCAUUGAAACACUGCUCCACAACACGAAUGCCAGCCAAGGCCAGGGAGAUGCAAGCACGGACUCUGCAAAGCAGCGGCAUCCCAAACUCCUGGCCAAAGCCCUUGAGAUGGUUCCUUUACUGAUGAGCACAAAAGAUUUGGUCAUCAGUCUUAGUGGGAUACUACAUAAGUUGGAUCCUUAUGACUAUGAAAUGAUUGAAGUUGUCCUGAAAGUUAUAGAACGAGCUGAUGAAAAGAUAACCAAUGUUAAUAUUAAUCAGGCGUUGAGUGUUCUGAAACAUUUGAAGUCAUACAGAAGAAUUUCUCCUCCCGUGGAUCUGGAAUAUCAGUAUAUGUUGGAACAUGUCAUAACUUUGCCAUCAGCUGCCCAAACUAGACUGCCUUUUCACCUGAUAUUCUUUGGCACAGCACAGAACUUCUGGAAAAUUCUCUCUACAGAACUCAGUGAAGAAUCUUUCCCAACAUUGCUCUUAAUUUCUAAAUUAAUGAAGUUCUCUCUGGACACUCUCUACGUGUCUACAGCAAAACAUGUUUUUGAAAAAAAACUGAAGCCAAAGCUCCUGAAGUUAAGACAAACUAAAUCCUCAACAUUGAUUAACAAGGAAAUAACUAAGAUCACGCAGACCAUUGAAUCCUACUUACUCUCUAUAGUCAACCCAGAGUGGGCUGUAGCUAUUGCCAUCAGCCUUGCCCAGGAUAUCCCCGAAGGUUCCUUCAAGAUGUCUGCUUUGAAGUUCUGCCUUUAUUUAGCUGAGAGAUGGCUGCAGAAUAUCCCAUCGCAGGAUGAAAAACGUGAAAAAGCCGAGGCUUUGUUGAAGAAGCUUCAUAUCCAGUACCGGCGAUCAGGCACAGAAGCUGUACUCAUAGCCCACAAGCUGAACACUGAGGAAUAUUUAAGAGUGAUCGGAAAGCCAGCACAUCUCAUUGUCAGUCUCUACGAACAUCCUAGCAUCAAUCAAAGAAUUCAGAAUUCGUCUGGCACAGAUUAUCCUGAUAUUCAUGCAGCAGCUAAAGAAAUAGCUGAAGUCAAUGAAAUUAAUUUGGAAAAAGUCUGGGACAUGUUGUUGGAAAAAUGGCUAUGCCCUUCAACAAAACCUGGUGAAAAACCAUCAGAAUUAUUUGAACUUCAAGAAGAUGAAGCCCUACGAAGAGUGCAGUAUCUCCUCCAGUCUCGUCCAAUUGAUUAUAGUUCAAGAAUGCUGUUUGUAUUUGCAACGUCAACUACAACCACAUUAGGUAUGCAUCAGUUAACUUUUGCCCAUAGAACUCGAGCUCUUCAGUGUCUCUUCUAUUUGGCUGACAAGGAAACUAUAGAAUCACUCUUUAAAAAACCCAUUGAAGAAGUGAAAUCUUAUCUGAAAUGUAUAACUUUUCUGGCAUCAUUUGAGACUUUGAAUAUCCCCAUCACAUACGAAUUAUUUUGCAACAGUCCUAAGGAAGGAAUGAUUAAGGGCCUGUGGAAGAACCACAGCCACGAGUCCAUGGCAGUAAGAUUGGUGACUGAGCUGUGUUUAGAAUACAAAAUCUAUGACCUGCAGCUUUGGAAUGGACUCUUGCAAAAGCUUCUGGGCUUCAAUAUGAUUCCUUAUCUAAGGAAAGUUUUAAAAGCCAUUUCCAGUAUCCAUUCUUUAUGGCAGGUUCCCUACUUCAGCAAAGCAUGGCAGCGUGUGAUACAGAUACCACUGCUUUCAGCUUCUUGUCCCUUAAGUCCUGAUCAGCUGUCAGAUUGUUCUGAGAGUCUCAUUGCUGUCCUUGAAUGUCCAGUCUCAGGUGAUCUUGACCUGAUUGGAGUCGCCAGGCAAUAUAUCCAGUUAGAACUUCCGGCUUUUGCAUUAGCUUGUCUGAUGCUCAUGCCCCACUCAGAGAAAAGACACCAGCAAAUUCAGAAUUUUCUGGGUUCGUGUGACCCUCAGGUUAUUUUAAAGCAAUUGGAAGAGCAUAUGAACACAGGCCAGCUAGCAGGAUUUUCACAUCAAAUUAGAAGUCUGAUUCUGAAUAGUAUCAUCAGUAAGAAGGAGUUUGGGAUUUUGGCAAAGACCAAAUACUUUCAAAUGUUGAAGAUGCAUGUGAUGAAUACCAACAAUAUCACUGAACUAGUAAACUAUUUGGCAAAUGACUUAAGUUUAGAUGAAGCUUCAGUCUUGAUAACUGAAUAUUCAAAGCACUGCGGGAAACCUGUGCCUUCAGAAGCCGCUCCCUGUGAAAUUCUGAAGAUGUUUCUUAGUGGGUUAUAGUAAAUCAUUGAACCUUUUCUUCAAGAAGGACAAGAAUUUUGGAAUCUGCUAUUAAUGGACUGUAUUUAUUAGUUUUUAAAUUGUAGAAUCUCUGUAUUAUAGCUAUUUGUCUUAACAUUACCCCACAUGUAAUAAAUAAAACACUUAAUAUGAGCAUAAUUGCUCCAUAAAGAACUCAUGUCCUGAAUUAAUAAGUGUUUUCAUUGCCAGUUACUUGUGCAAUUUAUAGAGACUAUCAACUUUUUGCACCGUAUAUGAGGGAAACAAAGUGCAAAAAUAGCUCUCUCCCUCAAGAAAAUUGAGUGCUUAUAGCCUAUAUCUUCCAUAUAAAAAAGUAAUAUCAGUCUUUUUAGUGUUAUUCUAAGAAAAUAUUGGUAUAAUUUUAGUGGCAGAGUGUAUCAGUCAGUAGCCAGUCAGAAAAAUAAAAGCCACUCUAGAUAGGCCAAGCAGAGAAGAAUUUCAUGCCUGGGAUUGGCUAUAAAGUUCUUCAAAAGACUGAAAGAACAGAAGGAAGGUAGAAGGGGGAGCCAGACAAAGGGGAAGGAGGGCUUCGCAGCCACAGAUCAGGAGCUGCUCCUGCCCCUGGCUUGGAGUCCCGAGCCCACAUUUGCCACUGAGCUGUCGGAGCUGCUGCGGCCACUGCAGUGCUCAGAAGCCCAGGAGUCUCUUCACCAGUGCUGCUGACAACUUGCACUGCCGCUGCCCAAGCUGUCAAGCCCACCACCAAAAGAAGAAACAUUGCUGCACUUUCUUCAAGCUUCUAAUUCUUAUACCAGUGCCAAGAAAUAGCAGAACCAAACUGGAAGCCACCUGGCUAGAAGUCUGGGAGGAGUGGUCUGCAGCUGUAAACGCCCAGCACUGCAGCCGGUGGCCUAGAAAGGCAUGUGGAGCAAACAGCCAGCGCAUAGAAGUGUUAAUUACACCUGUUAUUCUGCCUUUGUAGUCGUUUGCCAUACUUGUGAAUAAAUUAAGUGAAUUUGA